AUGGAUACUGCCACUAGCAAGGACGACGAGCCCUGCGCUUUCGCGAAGCUGUGGGGCCAGCUGGACGGCGCGCCGUUCCACACAUAUGUUACCCAGCUCCCAUCAACCCUGGGCCGCGGAUCUCAAGCAACAGAGGGAGCGCGCAAGAGCGCGGGGUUCAUCGACCUGGGUCGCUCGAAGGCUCUGUCGAGAGAGCAUGCCGUCAUCACGUGGGUACCUUCACAGAAGUCGUACCAGAUCAAGUGCAUGAGCAAGAACGGCAUGGUGGUCGCCGGGAGCUAUCACGCGAAGGGCGGUGUCGAGAAACUCGAGUCGCGCGCUCCGAUCAAGCUCGGGCCAGCGUCCAUGUACUUCCUGCUGCCGGAGAGAGAGGCACAGAAGCCGGCACCGGCGCCUGCCCCAGCUGCCGCGGCCCCGCGAGUGACCCCGCCCCCCGCGGCAUCGACCCCACAGGGGAAGCCCCUCGACAGUCGGCCAGCUCCCCCGUCGUCACAAGGGCUGCCACCAGAAAACAGCGUAACGACUGCUGUGGUGGCCCCUUCGGCUACGACGGUAGCGGCGGCGGCGGCGGUCGCAAAUCCAGCCGUGCCGGCGCCAGCUCCGGCGACGGUUUCGUUCGGCGACAUGGUUUGCCAGGCGUUCAGGAGUCGGGAGCUUUCGGCGGUUGCGGCGGCGUCAGGGGGGCUCUCUAGCGGAGACGUGCAAAACUGGAUCAUGCAAGCGUACCCGGAGUGGAACAAGGAGGGCCCCAGAAUGAAGGCUCUAGCCGUGGGGAUCGAGGAGGCCUUGAACGAGAGCUUUGUGUCGAGAGGGGGAGGUGAGCAGCCGAGGCCUGACCCUUGA